CGAGAUCAAUGAACCAGGCGAUUUACCGAAACUGGUCGGACGAGCCAAGGUGGGAAUAAACCAUCGAUCAAGAGCGAGGUUUUUAUUUAGCAGAAAUAUUUAUCUGCUCAAGCACGGAUUAUCACUUCAACUCCAAAGCCAACAUUAAAGUGUGCGAUGUGGAAAAUUUACAGUUCUCUACUGUAACCUAAUAUCAACUGAUUUUGAGAGUAGAUUUUUUUUAAAUUCAUCGUUGGGUCACAUAACACAGGGGAAUACAGGAUGAUCUUCGCAAAUACGGCCAAUCCACUGAGAACUUCGUCAUAUCGAAAGCAGCCUCCUGUUGCUCCACCUACCCUCCCAAUGGCCCCGCCCAGCCCGAGCACCAAUAGCAGCACCAACAACAGCAGUAGCAGCAGCAGCACGACCGGCUGGGAGCAGCUCAGCAAAACAAACCUCUACAUCCGCGGGUUACCGCCAGGAACCACCGAUCAUGACCUGGUCAAACUCUGCCAGCCAUAUGGUAAAAUCGUGUCCACCAAAGCCAUUCUUGACAAGACUACAAACAAAUGCAAAGGAUAUGGGUUUGUGGAUUUUGACAGUCCAGUGUCCGCGCAAAAAGCCGUCACAGCACUAAAGACCAGUGGAGUUCAGGCUCAAAUGGCCAAGCAACAGGAGCAGGACCCAACUAACCUGUACCUGUCCAACCUGCCCGUGUCUAUGGAUGAGCAGGAGCUCGAGAACCUUCUCAAACCCUUUGGACAGGUUGUGUCCACCCGAAUCCUCCGCGACACUAAUGGAGUGAGCCGGGGAGUGGGCUUUGCCAGGAUGGAGUCUACAGAGAAGUGCGAUGCCGUGAUCUCUCACUUCAACGGGAAGUUCAUAAAGUCCUCCUCUGGGAUGCUGGGUGCAUCAGAGCCUUUGCUGUGUAAGUUUGCUGACGGCGGGCAGAAGAAGAGACAAAGUCAGGCUAAAUAUGUCCCCAAUGGACGAACCUGGACACGGGACGCCGAGGUGAGACUAAGUGGAAUGACCUUGACCUAUGACCCAAAUACCGCCCUUCAGAAUGGGUACUAUGCUGCUCCUUAUGCUAUGGGGAACCGGUUAAUGGCUCAGCCAGGAGUGUCUCCAUACAUCUCUCCCAUCUCUACAUACCAGGUACAGAAUCCUUCAUGGAUGCCACAUCAGCCUUACAUCAUGCAACACCCAACUCAGGGAGCCGUUCUGUCGCCCUCUAUGGAGCAUCCCAUGUCACUGCAGCCGUCCGCUAUGUUGGCUCCUCUCACCCAGCAGAUGGGCCAUCUCUCUCUGGGCGGCACUGCAACCUUUAUUCCUGCCAACACAGCAAUGCCAGGAGCUUACAUCCCUCAGUACGCCCAUAUUCAGCCCGCUGCCAUCCCUCCUGAGCAGGAAGGUGGUGUACAGCCACAAGAUGUGUCCUCUUCGGAUCCUUCAUCGUACACUUUCCAACCCAACAAGCAAUAAAAAGGUUAACCAUCUGAGGUCACAGCCAGACACAGUCUGCUGAGUGUUGCUACGGUAACAAUGUUUGCUUUCUCUUGGAGGGAGUGACAUCAGAGAGGAAGUGACGCUCAUGCACGGGUUCCAGAAAAUUUGUCCAUGAUUUAAUCAUCUACUAAAAGAAAUCAACAAGAAACCUCAGAAAACUCUUGUGCAAACAUUUUCUCCAAUACAUCAAGACGAGGCAAUAUCACAUCAACUAUGGACAACAAAGGGGAGCAGAGUUUUAUUUUGCUAGAAAGAGGAAGGAGAAGAUGACAAAUGCUUAUUUUUUACCAAGAACUUUUAACACAGACCAUGUCUGUGAAACAGUGAGUGAUUAUGAUGGUGAUGACACCUUUCGAUGCAUGAUGUUUUUUUAAAUAUGGUUUUUAUUAUGUUUUUACGGACUGUUUCUCAAACAGACGAAAGAAAAAUUUUGUGGUUGCAGUCGAUAUGAAGAGGUUUCUGUUUGCUUUUUGGUCUUCCACUCUUUGCCUUUUUAGUAGUUUGAAUAAUUACCUUUUAAAUAAGGUGGGUGGGGUUUAGAAUGACUAAUGCAAUGCUUGCUGGCUAUUGGUCCUUACUCCUGUCUCUCAAAGCAAUUGCUUUCCUGUUUCCUUUUUUUAAUGUUGCUCUGAAUCAUACAUGUUUUGCUUCAGAGAUUGUGUGUCUGUUGUUGAUGAGUCUUCUUUCCAUUGAAUUCAUGUGUAAAGUCUUUUGGUAGAUUUAGAAGUGGAUGUUGAGACAAGGGUGGGUGGGGUUUUGUGGGAGGAGGGGCAUUAGUGGGUGGGGUUAUGCUAGCUGAGGUAUGUGGGUAGGGCUAAUAAAAGGGAUAUUGUGGAUUUGGGAAAGCUGACAUUUUUCCAUCUGUUCACAGAAUGAUUGCGGUUUUAUUUUCAGUGCCAUUUAUUUUAUUUAUUUCACUUUUUAACACAACACAUCAGGAUUUUUUUGAUGCUCAGAAAAAAGGCAGAAGUGCAAUGUUUUUUAGGUAGAAAGCAAGAAAUAUAAAAAUUUAACCGAAUACUAGUUUUUAGCUCUCUCAAAAUCCCUGAAAUAUCAGUAAUGGCAUUGAAUAAAUUUAAUGAAACUUACAUUUGUGGCAUAACAGAUUAUAAACAUAUGAUAGAACAAUUUUGCAAAUGAAUGAAUUUCUGAAUAAUGUAAUUAAAAGAUUCAUCAUUAUAAUUUAAUAAAUAAAUGAUUUAAAAAAACUUGUAACUUCAAGGCAACUAUGACACUUUCCACCAAAGAACUUUUCUGCCUACUAUUGAACACAAUAGUAUGGACUACUGCAAUAGGUUUUGGACAAACCGAAUGGUAGUUUGUGUCUUUUUUUGUCAUUCUUGGCUCUCAGCUUUAAUCUAGUUUUCGUAGGUGUGGACACAUGAACAUCUCUAAGCAGUUGGAUGGAGGGAAGACUUGAUCACAGGUUCAUAACAUGGUUGUAAACAAGCCUUUUAUCUGUCUGUCAUACAGUUAGUUAAGCAGAUUUCUGUGUGUCUGUGUGUGAUUGUGUGUUUAGAUGUCCAGGUCAGCUUGGCCUUUGAUCUACCUCAGAGUUGUAUCUGUUGUCUGAUUGGUCGGGCUGCAGGUCUAUCCUGUCCAAUCAGAUGUAAAAGCGCCAGCUCGGGAGCUGGUGUCAUGCAGAACUUCAUCUUUAAUGCGUCUAUUUGUCCUCCUCUUUAAAGAAACAUCUAUGUUUUGUAUCUGUAUGUCUUUCUGUUGUUUUUUUGUUGUUGGGUUUUUUUUUUUUUUUUUUUUUUUUACAUUGCAUUGUGAGGUUUUGAGCUUGAUUGUGUGGAGAAUUUCUUUGUUCUUUUUUGUCCAUUUUCUUCCUGAUAAAAAAAAGAGAGACUUGUGUAAUUUUUCCUGCAUUUUUUUUUUUUUUUAUACACAAAAAUCCAUGUAAACUACCUUCUCUGGAAUUGUUUCACUUUGCUGUAGCCUCUCCAUGUUUAGAGGCCUAAUCUGAAGAACCAAAGCUAAAUAUUAUCACGGUGACUAAAAAAAGCAGCACAUCGUAGUUUGAUCGGACAGAUAGUGUCUUUAUUUUAGCUGUCAAAGUAAACGUACGGAACAGCAAUUAUUCACGCUGUGUAUAAAUACCGGACUGUUGUUGAAAUUAAUAAUUUUUAAAUUGUUUUAUUGAACACCUGCCACUUGCACGUCCAGACUUUUUCGUUUGUUUUUAUUUCUAAAUUUUUUUCUGUUGUGAAAAGAAAAUUUUUUUGAAUUAAAAGAGCUCAAACUUG